CCCCACCGCCACCGCAAAGCCGCCGCCUGACCGCAUCAUCACUCUUUCAAAGGCAAUUGUCGUCAGGGUGGCGCAUCUGUCAAUCUACGAUCACCUGCCUCCUCUACAGUCGCUGUCAACACACGGCCAUCACUCACGGCGACAAUUCCAUCAUGGCGAGGAAGAAGGGCAAGAAUGGCAAGCCCAAAGCCAAAGGCGGCGCCGCGAAGUCAGUACCUCGCCAGUCCCAGCCAAAGCGUGCGUCGCAAUUCUAUGGCGACGCCCAACAAAAUUCAGGUCCACCCACACGCUUUUCGCUCCGCGACGAGGCACGUUGGACUUCAAAUCACCGCACCACUGCAUUCGAUUCCUCCAAGAAACUUCGCAAUAUGCCUAUUGCCUUCGUGAGUGCCGGUUUCCUCGAGGGAACCCUGGAGAAAAAAAGUGUGCCACCACUCGAAUCCAAAGACCGUCCUGUGUCGCCACCAGAUGUCAACACCCAGGAAAUGGCCGAUAUGACAAUACACAGUUCGUCGCCCUCGCCAUCUGUCGCUUCUUCUUCGGGCGCCUCUAGCGAGGAAGUCGUCGUGUUCAAAGGCCGUGCCCAGCCUCAAUCGGCUCCCUCAAUUGAGCAAUCCGCGGAUGCACCUUCGGAUAAUACCCGCCCCACUAAUGAGCAUGCCAAAUCUACUGUGACUUCUCUAACCGUUGCGAUGGCAUCGUCUGCUGUGAAAUCUGGUCCGGAGUCCGAUGCCGUUUCUAAGCAGCGUCGUGAUGGCAAGCCAGCAUGGGAGGUUCAAGCGCCCGCCGAAUGGGUCUCAAGGAGCAAGCCAAGAAUCGGAUGGCUGCCUUCGAGAGACCGGCCGAACAUGGAGGCAUUCUUACGCGGUGAGGUUGACCCACGUACCAUGCACCAUGAUGUACAAAACAUAUGGGAAAAUGAAGAAGUUCUCAAUAUUGCUUCGACAUUCGCCAAUCGCCCCUUGGAUCUGGAUGGCGGCACUGAUAGCGAAUGGGGGCUUAGUCCAGACCAAUCCGAGAGUCAAGAUGAGGAGGAUGACAUGGAUGGCUGGGAUUCGGAUCAGCUACGCGAUCUUGACGAUAUGAGUACGUCCACGGAUAUGGAGGGGAAGGUGAUCCGCAUCCUUAACAAACGUACGCGCAAGAGUGGCCCACAGUACCUGGUAGUAUAUGAAGGCUCGGUGGCAGACGACGCGCGCUGGUUGCCUGCAACAUUUCUUACGGACGUGGCAGAUCAGGAGCUUGUUCGCAAAUUUGAAGCGAAACUGGCUGCCCGCCCUGCUCCAGAAAGCUCGACUAGUGAAGAUGAUUCGGAGCUUGAUGAACUGGAUGACGAGGACAAUGACGAGGAGGAGGAGGAGGACGAUGACGAUGACGAUGAUGAAUCACUAGACGACGAGACCUUAGCACGGGUGUUACAGAAGCAGGAAGAGCUCGGUCUGGGAUCUGAGGAACUGCUUCUACACGCCGCCGACGAGUACUUCAAAGAUGACUGGGGCUCUAUAAGCGGGAUGGACUCCAUAUCUUUCAGUCGUCCAAACAAGCGACGCCAAUUUCGAGCUGGUGGAGGUAGGCGUGCAGAGCCACAUUUUCCUUCCGCUUCGGCUAUGGCAGAUGCAUUAUCACAAGAUGCAUACGGUGGCUUCGACGUUAUGGAUUUCGAGCGACCAUCGCUUCGACCUCUGAAGAAGGGUCGCCGCAACAAAUUGCCACCAGAGCUUGAAGAUACGGAAUUCACCGAACAGUUUCGUGAGCAGUGGGACGCUGAUCGAGCGAAGAAGCGACUGAAGAAGGCCGAGCGAGAAGAACUUCGAAAGCAGGGUCUACUGGGUCGCAAGGGCAAAGCACCCGACUUGAGCGUCAAGUACAGCAAUGGUGCAGAUUUCGUGGACAUAACGGAAGAGAUACGCAGCUUCAUGGCAUCUGACAAGCAGUCACUCUCGCUUCCUCCCAUGGAUUCCCGCCGGCGCGCUGUCAUCCAUCAACUCGUCGACUACAUUGGCCUCUCUUCAAAGUCUCGUGGCGCCGGCGCAAAUCGAUUCACCGUCCUGGCCAAGACUCGUCGGUCAGUCGCGUUCGAUGACGACGCUUUCGAUGCGCUCAUCGAUCAGAAGAGGUUCCGGAGUCGCUGGGGACGUGUCGAUACGACCCCUCGUGGACCGAAACAAGCCAAGGGUAAGGGCGCCAGCGGUCGUGCCGGUCGUCCCAAUGUGGGCUACAAGGACGGCGAUGUCGUGGGUGCUUCGGCUCCUGAGCUGGGUCCUGAGAAUCGCGGUCGUGCUUUGCUGGAGAAGAUGGGAUGGUCUAAGGGGAUGGCUCUUGGUGCUCAUGAGAAUAAGGGUAUUCUGCAACCGAUCGCUCAUGUUGUGAAGACCAACAGGGCGGGUCUGCAGUAAGGGAGUGAUGGGCAUUCCACGGUUCUUUCUGGUGGAGAGCGUUCUCUACGGCCAAUAUAUGUGCCGAGAUGCGUUCGUGUCUUGCCCGCUAUCACUCGGAUUUGUGCAUUCACGAAAUGGUGUUCGGAGCAUUGUAUGAUAUUCAUGAGAGGGACUGAUGAAGCAAGUGUACUUGUACGACUUUCGGGUGGAUUGGUCCUUUUUCUUCUUCAGGGAGCACAACGGUUACACUUGAGACACUUUUCUUUCGUUGCGGGUAUCCCAAUAUCCGCUACGGACUUUUUAUGGAGCGAUUUGUAGCUCCGACGAUGCACUGCAGCGUUUCCUCGAUGGAAGGGAUCGCUUCACGUGUCACCUGUACACUACAUCUUGGACGGGAUUGAUUUUGUGUGCGGUGCGAUACCGGUGCCAUGGUCGCUCGCGACUGCGGUAUUAUCCUUCACUCACACCGAUCCCCCGCUUCCCGCCCUUACUAAAAAAAAAUUGAAUAACUUGUAAUGAAAGAACACACUCUCACCCUGUAGACUUCUUUGUGAUGUUGUCAUUCUUGUCCAAGUAGAAUUAAACUGUGUGGGCUGGAGCGAUCGAUCCUUUGGGACACUCUGCUCCCUCCACAUAUACAAAGACACAGCACGUAUACUUACAUGUCUUCCCCCACUCUUUACAUCUCUUUAUCCAUUCUGUUUCCCUUCUCUACGUGCAGAAUGUAGCCUUCUUUCAAUAUCCUUUCGAUUUAGUGUUUGUCGAAGUGAGUUUUUUUUCCGUCGACUAUACGAUAUUUUGUGAUUCUAAACUAAAAAUACAUGUGAAAACCAUACUAUCUACUCGAAAAUAAAACCAGUGCUCCCGCAACUCACCGAAAAAUGCCUCUAGACUUAAUAAAAUUAUAUACCUGAGGUUGAUAGAGACGGUGAAUGUUGUUUUAGAUGAAAUGGAGGAGGAAUGGUGGGUGGUAUGUGUGUGUGGGUGAGAGUGGUGCUGUUCCACAGUUACUUU